UAUAUUUCUUGCACAUUCUUUGUUUUUUUAAUUAUCCAUCUUGGUUCUUGCCUAUUUUUGUUUGCUUUCUUCAUUCAUGGAUGAUCCCGGCCAAGAUCCUAAUAAUCCGAGCCAUGGCUCCGAGAGAAGUGAACCAGUUCGAACCAGGUGGACUCCAAAGCCGGAGCAAAUCCUCAUUCUCGAGUCCAUCUUCAAUAGUGGGAUGGUGAAUCCCCCCAAAGAUGAGACGGUGAGAAUAAGGAAGCUGCUCGAGAAGUUCGGCUCCGUCGGCGACGCCAACGUCUUCUAUUGGUUCCAGAACCGGAGGUCACGCUCUCGCCGCCGGCAGAGGCAAAUUCAGGCCAGCCUCGCAGGCGGAGAGCAGCAGGGUCAGGCCACGAGCGGCGAGGGAGCAAUUCAGUAUGGCGGUGGCUCCCCCGCAGGGUUUCUGUCUUCGUCGUCUUCGUGCCUUGUUGGUUCUUCUUCCUCCUGUGGAGUUGCAGGCGGCGACGACCUCUUCUCUUUCUCCUGCCAAAUGGGUCUCCCCGGAGCUGAGCCGAACUCCUCCAUGGCUUCUCUUUUGUGCCCUUCUGAUACUUCAAAUUUGCAGUACCAAUCUGGCAAUUGCAUGGCAGGGUUUAUCACAGUAUUCAUCAAUGGGGUUCCAACAGAAGUUCCAAGGGGGCAAAUUGAUAUGAAAGCAAUGUUUGGACAAGAUAUGGUCUUAGUUCACUCUUCAGGAAUUCCAGUCCCUUUCAACGAGUAUGGCCUUUCGGUGGAGACCUUGCUGCAUGGUGAAAGCUAUUUCCUGGUUCCAAGACUUGGCUAAAAGUGGGCUAAAGCUGCUUCACCGGAGCUUCUUCUACAAGGGUUUGAGAUACAGAAGAGAGAGAGAGAGACAGAGACAGAGAGACUCCCAGAAAAAAAAAAAAAAAAACGUUCUAAUCACCUUUGAGGUCUUACAACUUGUUUCCCUUGUUAUUUUCAUUUAAUUUCUUGCUUUAUGUGAGGGAAGCUGCUAGCCUGUGUUUAAGGCAGAUGUUCAACAGAAUCCCAAGUCAAAAAGAGACAAUUUAUUCGCUGUUUUGGAAUAUAUAUUCAGGAUGAUUUGAGCAUUA